AUCAUGCACUCCCUCCGCCUGCGCCCCGCCCGCGACGAGGACGUCCCCGCCAUGGCCGCCCUCGAGGUCGCCGCCUUCCUCGACAGCCCCAUGCACAAGGCCAUGUUCCCGAAGCGGCUGCGCAUCAAGCCGGGCGUGCAGGACCAGCUCGAGUGGAACGUGGCGCGCAUGCGCAGGGGGCUCGCGGACCCGAACCUGCAUUAUCUUGUCGUGCUGACGGACGCGCCGGGCAGGGGGGAGAUUAUCAUCGGCUGCGCGGAGUGGUCUGCGCCGGCGCCUGCGCACGAUAGGCAUGGAGACGACGGGGAGGAGGACGAGGAGGAGAAGGCGAGGGAUCUGGAGCUGCGGAUGGCCAGGCUGCCUCCCUUUCUGGACAAGAGCGCGCUGCUGGACGCCAACGACGAGGUGAUGGAGCUGAUUGCAAAGUCCAAGGACGCCUUCCGGGGACAGAACCGGCACCGGAUGUGGACGCUCAACUCCAUCUCCGUGGACGGCGACUACCGCGGCAUCGGCGUGGGGAAGAUGCUCACGCGCUGGGGCAUGGAGCGCGCGGACAGGGACCGGACGGGCAUCUGGAUCAUCUCGUCGCCGCUGGGCCUGCAGCUGUACAAGUCGUUGGGGUUCACGCAGGUCGCGGAGGGGUCGAGGCUGGGGGAGCCGCAGUAUCUCAUGCUCAAGUUUUAUGAGCCGGGGCCGGGGGAGCGGGAUGAGAAGGAGAGUGAGAUUGGGAAUGGGAAUGGGAACAGGUUUUGA